CAAAUCGUUACGAAUAGCUAGCAAAAGCCUUCCGGGGGUCUGCGUGUGGCUGCAAUCGUUGCGAGCCCCUCCUUUAUCAGUAUCGGAACUUGAACCCCAUGGCUCUGCGUGUCGCGGCGGAGAAGGCAGCGGCGGCUUCCAAGGCUAGCCCGGCCGUGACGCUGUACCGCUACAUCACCAAGCAGGUGCCGCGUGUGCUGACGCUAUACGACAUCCCGAUGGAGCCGGUUGAGGCGCGACUGGCGGUGCAGGCGCUGUUCCGCCAGCACGCGAACGUCAAGGACCCUCGCGUGGUGGACAUGCUCAUCACCAAGGCGAAUAUGGAGCUGGAGGAGACGCUCAUGCAGUGGAAGCAGAAGGUUCACCUGGUCACGCUGCUGGAGCACGGCCAGGCACUGCGCGAACCAGCGCCGCUCGUGGACUCGGUGGAUCAGGCACUCGAGAAGUUCUACGCUGGCGUAGACGACGAAGAGGACGAGCUGUAAGACAGAAAAAGCUGAUAAAUACACGACGACAGAAAGCACGGAGGUCUGGAUGGUUGUGACCACGAGCUUUGUCGCUCCCUGGCGUUUGAUUUAAAGGAAAUGAGAGGCGACACUUUGUGCUGAACGACAUUAGCUGCCAUAUAAUUUGUACUAAUCGGUUCCAAUAUGCUAAUGCUACUAAUGCUAGUAAGACACACUGCGCAGUCCG